AUGGAUGGUGGAUGGUUGUGGUUUCUACUCGGAUAUUUACUAGCAACGGAAGUUCCGCAGAAACCUCCGGAUAAAACACCAACAACACUGGAGACCCAACCUGGAAUCGACAUCCAGAAUCGUCCAGAAAAAAUUCCGGAUAAAAAGCCGACAGCACCGGAGACCCAACCCGGAAUCGUCGUCCAGAAUCGUCCAGAAAAAACUCCGGAUAAAAACCCAACAAUACCGGAGACCCAACCCGGAAUCGUUGUCUGUCCUGAGGAGAUAGAGGAUGACUCAAUAGCUCCCCCUACUUACAGGCUCGUUCGUAACAGGAACUCUAAAUCACAACAUGUCUGA